CGCAAGCGCCACAGACCGGCUCUGGUGGUUGGAGGGAGCCGCCGCUGUUGCCCGGAGCAUGAACCUCGAGCAGCUCAGGAGGAUGCGCCGCGGCCGGUAGCUGCCGCCGGACACCUUGCAUUGAGGGCUCGCCACUAUGCGCCAGGCCUUGACUCAGCCGCGCCCUAGCGCGAUCCCCCUCUCCGAUUCUGUAGGGUCUUUCAAUAGAAGAAAAAGAAAUUCCCUCUACGUAACGGUGACUCUUCUCAUUGUGUCUCUGUUAAUUCUUACGGUUGGUCUUGCUGCCACGACAAGAACGCAAAAUGUGACUGUUGGAGGUUAUUACCCAGGGGUUAUUCUUGGCUUUGGGUCAUUUCUUGGAAUUAUUGGAUCAAAUUUGAUAGAAAAUAAAAGGCAAAUGCUGGUUGCUUCAAUCGUCUUCAUCAGCUUUGGCGUCAUCGCUGCCUUCUGCUGUGCCAUUGUGGAUGGUGUGUUUGCUGCCAGGCACAUAGAUCUCAGGCCACUGUAUGCAGGACGAUGUCACUACUAUUCCAAAAGUACAGCUCAGCCAGAGGCAGUCUGCCACCCCCAGCACCGCAGCCCUUGCACGCCCAAGAUCAAAGGCAAUACCUGCUUCUGCUGUGACCUCUACAACUGUGGGAGAGUGGAGAUUUCCGGUGGUUUUUAUGAGUACAUUGACGUCAGCAGCUGCCAAGAUAUCAUUCACCUUUACCACCUGCUCUGGUCAGCAACCAUUUUGAACAUCGUGGGCUUGUUUCUCGGGAUCAUCACUGCUGCAAUCCUAGGAGGCUUUAAAGAUAUGACUCCCUCACUUCCUGCUCUAAACUGCACAGUUGAAAAUGCACGGCCCACUGUAUCUUACUACUCAAGACCCCAGGUGACGUCAUACAACACAUAUUACCACAGCACGCCUCACCUGCCACCGUAUUCAGCGUAUGACUUCCAGCAUUCCAGUGUCUUCCCGGCCUCCACACCAUCUGGCCUUUCGGACGAUCCUCUGUCGCUGUCACCGUCACCAAGCUACGUCUGGUCCCCUACUGCUCCUCCUCGUUACUCCCCACCGUAUUUUCCACCUUUUGAAAAGCCACCACCUUACACGCCAUGAAGGAAGGACGGGUAGAAACUGUGCCACUGGGGCUAAUUGUGAAACCUUUUUGUACUGGAGGGAGGGGGGGAGAGAGAGAAGGGGCACACUUAUUACAUAGCAUACAUAAGCCAUUUAAAAUAGGGGAACCCUGCAACACUCUUCCCAUAGGCCAGGCCUAGGCCAAAUUGAUGCUAACUGCCAGCAGCAAGAAGGGAGAAAUCCUGCAUUCAGCACCUGUAGUCUUGCUCUAUUUGCUUCUUCAAAAUCCAUCAUGAUUAGUUGGCCGCUGUGGACUUGUUGCUUUGAGGGUUUGCUGUGCUGUUUCCGCUCUCACUUUGAGCAAAUUGCUGUGUGGCUAAUCAGGCACACCCUGCUUUUCUCAAAAGGUGUUGAUAAAUGGGUGUUCCUAAUUCCUUUUGUCCUCUUUAACAAAACUGCUGGGCUGAGUGGAAUGUAGCUGAUGGUAAAGAUUUAAAGGAGGAACCCAAGAGCUUGAGUAUAUUAAAUGAAUGCUCCAGACUAGUAGGAGGAGGGAAUAAUAAUAAUAAUAAUAAUAAUAAUAAUAAUAAUAAUAAUAAUAAUAAUAAGUGAUAUAUGAAGCCUUAAUUUUGCACACUGAAAAUGGGCCUUUGAAUGGAAAUUGAGGAAGGUCCAGCUGUUUGUUAGGCAAAUGGCACUCUACUGACACCUAGCGACAUUCUGUGAGCAUUACCUCAAAGUAGAAAAACAAAAGGUUGCUUCACACACAACUUUUUAUCUUUACAUAUGUUGGUGAUGGUUACAUAUAAACCGGCCUUUAUUUUCCUAUUUUGGUUUUUAAUAUAGCCACAAACAAAAAUAGGUACUAUGCCAAAUAUUUUCUGCUCUUUUAAACAGCACAAAUGCCACACAGUUUGGCUGGAUGCACAUGAUCAAAUGUCACUUUCCCCUUUCCUUGCAGGAGGAUGCUGAUUAAUCAAGCAUUGGAUUUCCACCAUUUGUUCCAACAUAAGCCCUGUUUGGGUGUUCAGGCACUCUGCAUGUAAACAGACACAUGAAGAGAUGUGGGAAGGGGGUGUGUGCCAAAGCCCACCCCUUACAGCUCAUCCUCCCUACCCCCAUUUUAUAUUAAAGUUCUGCAGCUGGGGGUCUUCUGUACUCAUGGUGGCUGCUUCUGCUGCUCAGUGGUAGGGCAUCUGCCUUGCAUAUAGGAGUUCCAAGGUUCAAUCUCCUGGCAUUGCUGUGUAAACCGUUGCCUGAAAACCUGGAGAGCUGCUGCCAGGCAAUGUACACACAAUCCUCAGCUAGAUGGACCAUUGUUCUGAUUCAUUAUAAGGCUGGGUCCCCAUGAAACUGUGACACAAAUAGGAGGGUUUAAAUAGUGCAAGCAGCUCAGCCUCCACAAGAAGAGGAGGCUCCCCACAUGUCUUCACCACCAUUGGAAUCCCUCAAGUAGAGAGUGUUUGGUGUAGCCAUUUUUGGACUCUUGGGUGAUCAGGAACUGAGGCUAACAUUAACUGUCCUCUAAGCUGUGCAGCUAGACCUAGACUGCAUGCUUGCAUUAUUCAUAGGCUUACAUAGUCAGCUUCAAAUGACACACAACUCUGCAUGCAGAAUCCUCAACUUCUACAAAUCCUAGGAAAUCCUAGUCUGAUUUACACUUUAUGUUGCAGUCUCUCAUGCAUCUUAAUAGGGAACACUCAAAUAUUUGAAGCAGGUAUGUAUAUAAUUGCAAAUCCCUCCCCCCCCAAA